AUGUCCAGCAAGGCCCCACAUCCCACUGAUGCGGACACUGAUCCAGGCAAGCCUUUGACGCGUUACGGAUGGUACCCGGCCCAACCGGAGUGUCAGGAUGAGCCGGAGCCGGCUGCUGAGCCUCUGUCGCCAAGUGGUGAUGCAGCCAAGCGGCACAGCGUCCUGAGGUUUGGGGGCGCGGUGUCAGGUCUCUUCGGCAUCCCCGCUAGCGUGCCCACAGUGCUCACGAAGCUCCAAAAGUGGGGCGAUUACGAGUCCGUAGGAAGGCAAGUUCUGCCCACCAAAUUCAUCCCCAUGAAGACGCCUCUCAGUGCCGAGAUCCUGAACAGCUGGUCGCUUCCCUCCCAGCCCAAGCACCGUUUGACGGUGCCGGAGAUGGUCGCUCAGCAGGCGGCUCUGGGUCGCAAGGUGGGCCUGCUUCUGGACUUGUCCAACCACGACUGUCUCUACACGGACGACAUCCCACCGUGGCUGACCUACCGCCACAUCCAGCUGGUUGCGAAAGAGCUGCCCCCGCCGGAGUUUGUGGACACCGUGGUUGCGGUGGCCAACAAGUUCUGGGAGAAGCAUCCCGACGAGUACAUUGCGGUUCAUUGUGCCUAUGGUUUCAACCGCACUGGCUUUGUGGUUUGCUGCUACCUUAUCGAAUGCUGCGGACUGAACGUAGAGGCAGCGCUGUCAGCCUUUGCGGAGAGCCGGCCCCCCGGUGUCAAACAUGAACAGUUUCGCAAUGAGCUGCAUCGACGGUACGGCAACGUCAUGCACGGCACUGUGCCGCACGGCGUGUACGGCUCCCCCGACGACAACUCCAGUUUUGGUUAUUCCCCCAGCUGUGGCAGCUUGGACUUGCGGGACUUGAUCGUUGGCGGCGCUGGUAGCGGCAGCCCUAUCCCUGGACUGACCCGCGGGUCAACGUUUGAUUGCCUACUGGGCGUGCACCACCAUUCGGUUGCAGCUAGCGGCGCCGGCGGCGGCUCAAGCAGCAGUCCUGGGGUAGCACAUCGACAUUCAAUGGACGGGCAUCAGACGCUAACGGUUACCAUGUCGAGCUUCACCGCGGCGGAGUUUCGAGGGCGGAGCAUCAACAGCGGACUCAAGCAGCCGCUGCUGCAGCCGGCGGCAGCAGCGGCAACGGUGGCGGCAGCGGGGGUACAGGUACACCCGCACCAGCAGCACCAGCACCCGCAUUCCUCUCCGCAGUUGCCGCCAUGUGUGGCGACGCCGCCGACACAAGUUCGUCAGGCGCAAGUAGCCGCCCGGCAGCAGCAGCUGCUGCAGCUGCAGGCGGGAGGACAUGCGACGCCGCAAAAGGAGGAGCAUGAGCAGCAGCAGGAGCAAUGGGCGGAAAGGCGGCAGUCGCAGGAAGGGGGAGGGUUGCGGCAGUCACAGGGCGGAAAGUACACGUCUCAGCAGCAGCAGCAGCAGCAGCAGGGUUGGCAGCAGCUGGAGGAGCUUGGUUGCAGGCAGUCAAACGGCGUUUUCAGGGGGCAGCAUGGGUCCGAGGUGCGAUGGCAGGAUAGCGACAGGCGCGGGCUGGGAUCCGGAGUGGCAGGCGGUGCGCAGGGGUCGAUGUCGUCGUUAGCAUCAGCAUCAGCAGCAUCAGCAGUGUCGGCGUCCGGGGAGUCAGCGGCAUCAGGCGAGGAGGCUCGGGGUAGCGUGAUGAACAGAGUAGACUCACAGCAACAGCUCCAGCAGUCAUGUUGCGGCGGCGGCAGCGGAGGCGUUGAUAACGAGAGCCUUGGAGUGAACGACAGGGCGGUCUUGCUGGCGCUGCGGCAACAAGCGCUGGCCCAGCUGAGUGGUAAGACGAUACCCGAGGAGUCGGACUCCUCGCAGAGCACCCCUUGUGGUUGCUCGUCGAUUUCCCUCGCCGACGGUGACAGCACGGCAGGGCAUUGCACACCCCGGCAAGCUCAACAAGGGAGGCACAGCUACAAGAGCCUUGACGCGAUUGAUUGGGGUCGCCAAACUGGGCGUUUGAAGCGAGAUUGCACCAUAUAUUCUGUGGCCACCGCGUCGACAUUUACAACGCAGAAAGACCUUUCGCUACGGAAUGGCGCACACGUAAAGGUUAUCGUGGAGCAAACUGAAAAAAACGAUCAAAUCAUCAGUAUCGAGUCGGAUGUCCAAGCUGGUCGUCUGCUGUUGCAUUGGGGCGUGGAGGGGGGCAAGGAUUACAAGGGCGGAUGGCGUCUGCCUGGAGCAAGUGCCCGACCAGAGGGCACCGUUCAGUACAAGGACCGUGCGCUUCAAACCCCGUUCAGGCUGGAUACAAACGGUCGGGCGCGUGUUGUCUUGCACCUGGACGGCGAGGAGGCGUCUGACUUCCUGAACUUCGUGUUGAAGGCAAGGUUUGGGUCGGAUGCUCGUGUGGACCAGCUGCCAAAGGACCUUUGCGACAAGUGGGCCUGGGUGCGGUGGGACCAUGCGGGACGCCCUGAACGCGCCGGUGCUGCAGCGGCUAACGAAUACGACAGGGGCGUGGCGGAGAUGCGGGAGUUGCUGGCGAGGGGACGUACGCUGGACGAGCUAUGGCGUGUGGCCGAGGGCAAAUGGAAGUACUCGGACUACCGGAAGAAGCAGCAGCAGCAGAAGCCAGCGAAUGGCAACGGCAACGGCGUGGCGGCGCUGCCCCGCAUCCCCGAUGACCUGUUGGGGGUGCAGGCCUAUGUGCUGUGGGAACGUGCGGGCAAGCCGGACGGAGCAGACUUCUCCGGGGAGGCGCGCAGGGUCAUAACGGAACAGCUGCAGUCGGGCGCGACCCUGGAGGAGGUGGGCGCGCCGCUGGGGACACCCAAGCGCAACCCGCUGGACAUGAUUAAGCGCUCCGCCCCCGCGCCGGUGUUGUCCGCGGAGCGCCAUGUGGUGGAGCGGCCUCUGGACUUCCUGGUGCAGCGCUUCGCUGUGGACCCCAGCACCCGCUGGCGCAGGACCUACCCCCUGGGCUCCAAGGCGGAGCUGCUGGUGGUGGUGCGGCAGGAGAACGAGCAGUCCCCAGUUCGAGUCGACUUGGUGACGGACACGGCCUCCAAUGUGGUGCUUCAUUGGGGUGUGUGUCCGCCAGGUUCUCGCGAGUGGACUACGCCCGACGACUCGCUUCACCCCGAGGGCAGUGUGGUGAUGCACAAGGCGGUGGAGACGCCCUUCCUCAACUGCGAUGACGACGAGUGCGAUGUGGAGAUCAGCGGUGCCAAGGUGCCCCUGCAGCGCAUCACCAUCAACCUGCGGCCAGACCACCACGUGGGUGCAGUCACGUUCGUGCUCCGCUCGUCGGACAGCACCAUGUGGUACAAGGACGCGGGGGGCAACUUUGUGGUGCCGCUGCCGUCAAAGGAUGAGCCGGUGGAGGCCCAGGCCCCCGAUGUGGCCAAGGACGAGCUCAGUCGCUCGAUUGUUGAGGCGGAGGUUAACAGCAGCCAGUGGACACUCAUGCACCGCUUCAACAAGGCCGCUGACCUGAUUUACGAGGUCCUCAACGGCUACUACGAAAUCGACGUGGCAGCCGCCAUGUCCCGCAUCUUCGUCUGGCUGCGCUUCUCCGCCACCCGCCACCUCACCUGGCAGCGCAACUACAACACGCAGCCGCGCAUCUUGUCCGCGGCGCAGGAGCGGCUUACGAACGCCAUCUCCAACGCGCAUGGCCGCACGUCAGGUGAGGCCCAGGAGUGGGUUCGCGCCAUGUUGACGACGGUGGGACGCGGCGGCGACGGCCAAAAGAUUCGCGACGAGAUCCUGCACAUCAUGCACCGCAACCACAUUCCCGAGCGCAAGGGCCUGUGGAUGGAGGAGUGGCACCAGAAGCUGCACAACAACACCACACCCGACGAUGUGCACAUCUGCGAAGCCUACCUGGCCUUCCUGGAGAGCGGCGGCAACCUGGGAGCCUAUUGGCGUGUGCUGUCGGAUGCCGGUAUCACCCGUCAGCGUCUGGAGUCGUUCGACCGGGCCAUCACGCUGGAGCCCGAGUACUACGGCGACAAACGGGACGCGCUGAUCCGGGACUUCCGCAACUACCUGGGCAUCCUGAAGGCCGUGCACUCGGGGGCGGAUCUCUCCGCGUCGGCCAGCGCAGCUGGGAACAGGAUUCCUGCCGGUGCACGCGGCUGGUUGGCUUACGUGUUGUCCCACGUGGGCGACAGCCAGAUCCUGCCAUUGCUGGAGGCGUGUGUGGAGGCCCGCACGGAACUGGCGCCUGCGCUGACGGGUAACAGAGAGCUGCUGUACCUGGACCUGGCGCUGGAGGACCAAGUGCGACAGGCCGCCGAGAGGGGCGUGGGCUCGGCGGGUUUCGGCGCCGCCGCCUUUAUGCGACCGCUUCUGCAGAACUUGUGCCUAAGCCUUGGCAACAACGAGGAGAUUUGCUAUUGCUUGAAGGCCUGGAACGAGCUGCCCAGCAGUGUCCGCAACGGCGGGCGGCCUAGCAAGGAGGAGGCGCUUCUGGCGGUGUCUGUGGUCAACCGCAUCCGGAGGGCGCUGGCGGAGAUUUCUGACCGCACGGUGAACCGAAUCGGCGACAUCUCCAAGGCGUACGGUAGGGCGUUUGGCGUGGAGCGCUGGGCUUACGAGCUGUUCGCUGAGGAGGUCAUCCGCGGUGGCGCCGCCUUCGCCGUGUCGCUGGUCAUCACCGCCAUUGAGCCCAUGCUGCGCAACGCGGCAGCGCUGGGUGCAUGGCAGGUGAUCAGCCCCGUGGAGGGGACCGGCAUUGUGGAGGUGAUCACGGGGCUCCACGAGGUGCAGGACAAGACGUACGAACAGCCAACCGUACUUAUUGCAGAGCAGGUGACCGGCGAGGAGGAAAUCCCCGAGGGCGCCGUGGCGGUAAUCACGCCGGACGCCCCCGACGUGCUGUCCCACGUGUCGGUCCGUGCUCGCAACAUGCGAGUGCUGUUCGCCACCUGCCAUGAUGAAGGCCCGCUGAAACAGCUGCGAGAGGCACGUGGCAAGUGGCUGCACCUGACGCCCUCCGCCAGCGGGGCGGUCACUUGGUCGGAGACCUCACCGCCACGCCAGGAGGACGGCGCAGCGGCACACUCGGCAGUGGCGAAGCCCACCAAGGGUCUGAAGAUUGAGGUCCCCACGUGGUGCGGGCGCUGGGUGGUAGGCAUGGACGAGUACCGCGAUGGCGUGGUGGGCGCUAAGUCCAAGAACCUGGCCAAGCUGCGUGGCCGGCUGCCGGCCAACAUCAACCUGCCGGCGUCAGUAACGCUGCCCUUCGGCUGCUUCGAGCAGGUCCUGGAGCUGCCGGAGAACAAGCAGCUGAAGCAGGCCCUGGCCGGCAUUGUGGCCCGCAUCUCCGGCCGCCAGUCGUCCGCCGCCAGUGGCAAUGUGGGAGGUCUUCUCUCUGGUCUGGGCUCCCUGGUGGGCUUGGGCGCUGGCGCCAAGGCUGAUGCUGCACCCCACUCCAGCCCGAGCCGGGGUGCAGGGCAAAGCCCCGCCGAGCUGCUUGCGCAGUGUCGGGUGCUGGCGAUGCAGGUGACGGUACCUCGUCAGGUGCGAGACGAGCUGGAGAAGGCCAUGCGGGCGGCAGGCAUCCCGCCGCCCGAGAACGAGGAACGCUGGGCCCUGGCGCUUGACGCACUUCGGGGUGUGUGGGCUUCUAAGUACAACGACCGCGCCUACUACUCGCUGCGCAAGGCCGGACUGGACUUUGACUCCGUGCGCAUGGCAGUGCUGGUGCAGCGCGUGGUGCCCGCACAGUACGCCUUUGUCAUCCACACGCGCAACCCCUCCAACAACGACGAGCGGGAGGUGUUUUGCGAGCUGGUGAAAGGGUUAGGCGAGAGCCUAGUGAGCGGCAUGGUUCCGGGUAGUGCGGUUGCGUUCACGGCGGUGAAGGACGAGCCGGGUCUGAAGUCGCCCGAGGUGCUGUGCUACGCGUCCAAGAGCGAGGCCAUGUUUGUGCGCGACUCGCUCAUCUUCCGCUCCGACUCCAACGGGGAGGACCUGGAGGGUUACGCAGGCGCUGGUCUGUACGACAGUAUCACGAUGGAUCCUACCGUCCUGACCAAGGUUGAUUACAUGGAGGACCGCCUCGUGCAGGACCCGGGCUUCAG